GUGGACACAUCCGGCGAUGCCGUUACAUAUAACUGGCUAGCCAAGCACAUGAUCGAGCGAAAGUAGGCCUAUAUAAACACACAACUGAGUCACUACAAUAAUAACAACACAAAGAAAGGAAGACGAACUGCACGUACGCAAGCGUAGCUGACUAGCGUCUUUGCUCUACUCUACUGUACUGUACGCCAUGGCGAUGAAGAAGACGAGCACCCUGUGCUGCAGCUUCGUGGCCGCCCUCGUGGUGGUCAUGGCUGCCACCCUCCUCCUCUCCUCAUGCGAUGCCCACAAAGAGAUGGAUGAUCUUGCUGCUUCUUUUGUGCCGGCGUCGUGCUACUCCAACUACUUCCCGCACUGCACCGAUCACCGGUGCAAGAAGUUCUGCGGCGGCGUGCGGGCGCCGCCGGUGCCCGGAGCCUUCUGUAACGACAGAAGCAACUGCUGCUGCCCCGUUAGUUGAGCUCCGUAGAAACGACUCAAGAUGCCUAUAAGCAUAAAUAAUUUUGAUGCUAAGAAAUAUAUUUGGGGAUGCUUUCAUGGAACGUUGGACAGGCUCAGCAAGACGUUUUCUAAUCUUCUGUAAACCGGCUUAGAGUAAAUUGUUUGUCUUCGGCAAAAAAUGUGAUUUAUCUCUACUCCUAAUCUCAACUUUUAUUGAAGCAGUUGGUAGGAUUGCGUCCAGCUUUUUUUUCGUCCCACCACUUCUGUCCAGUUUUUUGAUUGGUUUUUUCGUCCCCUCCCCCUAUCCCUUUUACAUCGGUUUAUUUUCCUCUUCGCUCUUUCCUUGUAAAUCAAUACUUUUCUAAGGUAUAAAAGAUCACAGGUCUAACUUUCUUAAUCUCUACUAGUAUAUAUUAAAGUAAAAAAAGGAUAUAGAUAUAUUAAUUAAACAUGGAUCAUCCAAAUAAAUCUUUUUUAUACUUAUUCCAUAUAUUCAGAAUAUCACACAAAAGACACAAUUUUGAGUGAAGAAACAAAGUAUACUUGGUUUAUGUUGGAGAAGGGCGACGCUGAAAAGGGCCAAAAAUCCACCGAGUUUUUCACAACAUAAUGAUGUGGAGGCAAUGAUAUCUCAUAAAAACCAAAAAAAGUAUGCCAAUUUAAAUGUUAUCGCACAAGGUAUUCUUUUCAAUGUUAUUAUCGAUCUUUCUUUCAUCAUAUUGCCUUUUGUAUUCAACCAAUUUGUCUCAUUUUAAUACAAAUUUGGCUCAUUUUUGUAUCAUGACGAUAGACUAUGUUUGUAUCCCUAGAGGUAUUACAGUCAUCGAAUCAAUCAUGUCUGCCUUAAGAAAACCAAGUUCGUGGACAUUGAAGAUACCUUGUUAUCAAACGACGAUUUGGAAUGCUUUAUGAAGGAUGGUAUGUUCUUACAGGAUGGUGUAAGACCAAUUGCAUAAACUUUGUAAUUAAUAAUAUAAACAAUAUAUAAUAUCGUAAAACAUAUAUAUUAUGGUCAUUGUGGAAUUACAGCUGGCUCACGAUCAUCUAUGAGAUAGGGCGGGUGAAAAGGUACAUAUUACUAGCACGUUUAUUUCUGCCAGAUGAAAGAAGACCGAGAAAGAGACAUAGAAGCAUCAAAAUUUGUUAAGUGCAUCAAGUAUAUCUCAGUAAUUUUUAAUAGAUUUUUAGUUGGAUCAUC